AUGCACGACGAGAGGCCCUUCACAACCACACUCCAAGCAUUGAAGGAGAGAUAUGGACAGCCACGACAGCUUGUUCAGAGUGAAUUAGGAGCCCUUAUGGGAACACCUGUACUGAGGUACGGGGAUCUCGAUGCAUUUGACAGUUUUGCUCUAUCCACCAAAUCACGUGCCAUGCGCAUUGCCAGCCAGGCUGCCACAGUCUACAAGCCGGAGACCCCAAGAGAGCAUCGGAAGCCUCCACCGCCUCGGUUUGGCAAUAGACAACCUAAUCCAACAGCUUUAUUCCUGACCAGGGAGGCCAAGACUUCAUCUAUUUCGUCAGCAGACCAGCCAGCCAAUAGGUUUGACAUCGACAAUGCCUUCACUGCAGACAAUCUAUGCAUGUCAGAGUACACAUAUCCCAUAGAGGAUAUGCAGCAGUGCUGGACUCAUCUGGAAAACCUUCCUCUACCAAAGAUAAAUGGAGCAGUGCCAUGUAUUCUGAUAGGAUCCGACAACUCAAAGCUGAUCUUGCCUAUAGAGCCAGUACGCUUUGGUAAUUCAGAUGCUCCUAGUGGUGUCCACACCAACCUUGGCUGGACUGUCCAAGGUCCGUCGAUGAUGCUAGGGCAGUCGAAGAGGAACACUUGUCUGCUGAACCAGACUCGACCAGCUGAUCUCUCGCCAUCUCACUGUGUGGAGAGACUUUGGCAAUUGGACACUCUUCCCUUUACGAGUAAACAGGUCAUUCGCUCCAAACAGGACAAGAUGGCACUGGAAAUACUAGAUUCUCAGACCACAAGAAUUGAGGUGGAUGGCGUAAGUCACUACGCAACCCCACUCUUACGCUCUCAUGAUGGUACCCGUUUCAAUGCCAGAGUGGAAGCUGUUCUCCCAACUCUGAAGCGUACUGAACGACGACUAAAGGACAAUUCUGAUAUGGCCAGAACGCACAAUGAGGCUAUUCGGAAGCUUGAUGAAUCUGGAUUUGUGAAAAAACUCACUGAUGACGAGAUAAGAGAUUCGAAAGAGUCCUGGUACAUCCCUCACCAUGUGGUUGAACAUAAUGGAAAACAUCGCCUUGUGUUCAAUUGUUCAUUCGAGUUUGAAUCUAAAAAUCUUAACAAUCACUUGUUAGUAGGCCCUACCAUUGGAUCAUCACUUCUAGGAGUGCUUCUCCGGUUCCGACAGCAUGCAGUGGCAGUAACUGCCGACAUCAAAGCUAUGUUCCACCAAAUCAGACUGCUUCCACCUGAUCGACCCUUGCUUCGUUUCCUGUGGCGAGACAUGCAAUGCGAUCGUCCACCAGACGUGUAUGAAUGGCAAGUUCUGCCCUUUGGUACUACCUGCUCCCCCUGCUGUGCAAGCUAUGCACUGUUGAAACAUGCAGCUGAAAACCAGACAGGCAAUGAGGAAGUGUUCAAAUCAGUGAGUGAAUCCUUCUACGUAGAUAACUGUUUGGACAGUUUCGAGAACCAAACUCAGGCAAAGCAGCUUGUCACCAAGAUGCGAAAUGUGCUCACAGACGGUGGAUUCAACAUAAGACAGUGGGCAAGUAAUGUUCCUGAGGUUGUCGCCGAUCUCCCUGCUGAAGCGAGGUCCGAGGCCGCAGACCUGUGGCUCAACUUUGGACAGGGUGAACCUAGAGAACCGACUUUGGGCUUAGGCUGGGACUGUCAGUCAGAUGAACUGACCUACAAACACAGAAAUGUAGACUACCCCAAUUUAACCAUGAGAAUGGUAUACAAAGUGCUAGCAAGCCAAUAUGACCCCAUCGGGUAUCUGUCACCGUUCAUUGGACAAGCCAAGGUCAUAGUACAAGACUUAUGGAAGUCAAAGAGAAACUGGAACGAUUCCAUUGAAAAUGGGCAACUUCGUGACAGGUGGCUUGCUUGGGAAAGUGAGCUGGGACUCAUCCCUCUGAUUACUCUACCAAGGUGUUAUAUUCCUCAAGGGUUUGAUGCAGACGAUUCAACUACACAAUUACACAUCUUCUGUGACGCAUCCGAAAGGUUAUAUGGAUCAGUCGCCUAUUUGCGCUCAGAAGAUCGACAUGGAAGGGUUCAUGUCAGCUUCGUGAUGUCGAGAUCCAAGGUUGCACCGAAGAGACAGUUAACCAUACCACGGCUAGAGCUGUGUGCAGCUCUGACAGGUGCUCAGUUAGCAGACCUGUUGCAGUGUGAAAUAACGCUACCAAUCCAAGCUACUUAUCUAUGGAGUGACUCUACUACUGUGCUCACAUGGUUGCAGUCGGAAUCUUGCAGAUACAAGGUAUUCGUUGGAGCCAGAGUAGCUGAAAUUCAGAACCUCACCGACACACAUUGCUGGAGGUAUGUGAACACACAGCAGAACCCAGCUGAUGAUAUCACUCGAGGCCUGAGUGUCAAAGACCUUGUUGAAGAAUCCAGAUGGAGAAAUGGACCUGCCUUCCUCCGACAGUCAGCAGAUGAAUGGUCUGAAUCUCCAUCAACAGGCAGUGACGAGCCAGCAGAACUUAGGAAAUCUGCCAUGUUGUCAACGAUUGUGACACAGACACCCACUUUGCCUGACCCAACACAGUAUGAAUCAUGGAAAGUAUUCAUCUCUGAUGUAAAUGAAGCCCUUGACGGGGCGGCCCCUAAAGAGGAAACUAAGACACUGACUCCUGAACAUGUUGAGCAAACUGAGAACUAUCUGUACCGCCAAGUACAACAACAGUGCUUCUCAAAGGACUUUGAUUGCCUCAAGUCUGGUAAGCAAUUACCACACGAUAGUCGGCUGAUUCAACUUGAUCCUGAAUACGAUCCAGAACUUGACUUGAUCCGUGUAGGUGGCAGACUCCGCCGAGCUGAAUCCCUGGAUUCGAAUAUCAAGAAUCCCAUAGUUCUUGAUCCAAACCACGAGAUCACCAAACUGGUUAUCAGAGAUCAUGACGAGAAACUCUUGCAUUACGGUCCGGAACAUCUCUUUGCCGAGAUCCGACGCAGAUUCUGGGUCCUCCGUGGCAGAGAGGCCAUACGACGACAUCAACGUAAGUGUGCUACCUUCCGGAAGUGGCGUUCAAACCCUGCAACUCAGAAGAUGGCUGACCUACCACCAGCCCGUCUCCGACUCUUCAAACCAGCCUUUUACUCAACUGGAGUAGACUGUUUUGGCCCGAUGCAGGUGAAGAUAGGACGUCGUUUAGAGAAACGAUGGGGAGUGAUUUUUAAGUGUAUGACUACCCGAGCAGUGCACCUAGACCUCCUUGAGUCUAUGGAUUCAGAUGCUUUCCUCAUGGCGUUCCGCCGCUUUGUAUCCCGAAGGGGUAAACCUCAUGAACUCUUGUCAAACCAGGGCACCAACUUCAAAGGUCCUAAAUCAGAAUUACAGAACGCAUGGUCUGAAAUGGAACCAGAACUACGUCACUACCUUGUCAACCAAAAGGUAGAAUUUGUGUUCAACCCUCCAAGUGCACCCCAUCAUGGAGGCGUGUGGGAGAGGGAGAUCAGAUCAGUCAAACAUGGCCUCAGAGUGUCACUUGGUCAACAGACUGUUACCGAAGCAACCUUGCGCACUGUCUUGUGCGAAGUCGAAGGCAUUCUCAACUCAAAGCCACUUUCCUACGUGUCAUCAGAUGCUAGAGAUUUGGACCCAAUCACACCCAACAUUCUCCUAAUGGGUCGGCAUGACACGUCUUUACCUCAGGUUGUGUAUCCUGCGGACCAACUCCUAAGCCGGAAGAGAUGGAGGCACAGCCAGGUCCUAGCGGACCACUUCUGGACCCACUUCAUAAAAUCCUAUCUGCCCGACAUGCAGCUACGGAGCAAAUGGCAGAAACCAAGAGUCAACAUCAAGGAAGGAGAUGUCGUCAUGAUUGUUGACAAUCAGUCAAUCCGUGCCCAGUGGCCAGUGGGACGUGUGACCCAAACUCACCCAGGACAAGAUGGUCAUGUUCGGACGGCCACAGUAACUGUUAAGAACAAGGACUAUACGAGGGCUGUGGCCAAACUCGUCCCUCUGCCAGAAUGUCCAGUGGACCCAAAUGACCCUCGUUAA